AUGAAUAUAAAGUCCAAGUACAACAAGGUGAUGAAAGCCUUGACGAUCCGCCAGGGCGACUUGUGGCUUGUUCCAAGACUGAUAACUCCUCUGGAGAACAGUUUUCAAACCGAGGCCAUAAAUGACGAGGAGGUUUGCAUUGUCCCCAAGGAGGCCAAUUUUCAGCUUCCUAAUGUUUUCCUAAGCACUGGGCAGAAUCCUGAGCACCAGAAGCUUACUGGCGCCGUCAGGGGUAGUGAAGAUUGGAAUGAUAUCAUUGAGGAGGCAAUAGAAGCACUCGAGGAAAUAGAUCUGUCGAUUAACACCCACCGCAUCAUGACGAGAAAGUGCCCUAUUGACCAGGACGUUCUUAACAGACUUGUAUUUGAGAGAUACAGGCAGACUUAA